CCCUGGCCAUCCCGGUAUACAUCCAUUCUCAUCAACAAGCAAAACAUUCUCUUGUCUAUAACAAAGUCUUUCUCUUUACAAGACACACUCUUUAUAUACUCUCUUUUCGAGUAUCAGUCUUUCACUUUUUACAAGUCUUACACAAUUCUUUCACUUGACUUUUACAGUCUCACAUUCUCUUCACAAACAACCAUCAAAAUGAUGUUCUCCAAGAUCGCUCUCACCAUGACCUCCUUCGCUGCCCUCUCCGCAGCCCUCCCCCACGCCAUCAAGGCCCGCAACACCACCGACACCGACAGCGGCAGCGGUGGUAGUGGCGGCGUGUCCAUCCACAACAACCUCGAAGGCUCCGUCUACGCGUGGUCUGUCUCCAGUAGCGCUGGUGACAUGAAGACCCUUUCUGCGGGCGGCGGCUCCUACGAGGAAUCAUGGCGCGAAAACAGCAACGGCGGCGGCGUCUCCAUCAAGCUGUCCACCGAGACCAGCCAGGACGACGUCCUGCAGUUCGAGUACACCCAGUCCGGCGACACCAUCUUCUGGGACAUGUCCUGCAUCAACCUGGGCACCGACUCCAAGUUCGUCAAGUACGGGUUCACCGUCGAGCCCUCCGAGACCAGCGACAACUGCCCCUCUGUCGACUGCAAGGCUGGCGACUCGCAGUGCGCCGAGGCUUAUCUGCAGCCCAAGGACGACCACGCGACUCACGGCUGCCCUAUCAACACUCAGUUCACUGUGAACAUUGGCAACUAAAGCGUCUUUUCGCUCGUUUAUUUCCCCGCUUUACGAUGUUCUGCUGGGCAGGAUACCAGUCUGCUAGGCGGACUGCUCUGUCUGGACGGAGGAUAUGAUUUUGAACUCGCUGGAUGAGUGGUUCGAUUUGACAUCGAAAAAAUGUUUAUGAUUUAAUGAUUGAUAUGCGAGGAUGGAUGGAUCGAUAGAUGGAGUUGUUGGAUUUCUUGUUUAUAGAAUUGUUAAUUGGUUUACAAUGGUUAUACAAUUGGUUGUAUCUAGUGAAUUCAUUUGAUUCAUUGAAUAUGUGACUGUCUUACAAGC